AUGCCCCGCCGUGGGCUGGGCGAUCAGCUACGGCGGGUUUUCUGCACCUAUUGGCCGUUUUUCUUAAUUUUGAACGUUUUGAUGUUCAACGAGUUCCUCGUCUACUUUAUCGUGAUUGGAACUUCUUGUCAGUGGCCUUGUCGGAAUCAUAGGUAAAAAGGGGGCAAUGAUAAAAUCUAGAACUUAGGAAUUCCAGAGUGGUCCCUCUAGGGGGAACCACUAUAGGAGCCGAAGAAGUGGUCCCUACAGGGUUUAGAAUCUGACCUCUUAUGCUAUAAAAGGACCACUUCCUCUCAGCCCUUAAAGCUCAAGUGGACCCUAUAGAGGUCUUUCAAUUUCAUUCAAAAAUGCUUAUUUUUUCAUUUUUUUUUCCCAUGAAAAUGCUUUUAAAGUUCACAAUAAAUCAGCAGGAACCCUAUAGGGGUCACUCUCGCAAGCUUCAGUGGCCCCUAUAGGUGGUUCAUAAAGUGGUCCCUAUAGAGACCACUCUGGAGCUCCUAAGUACCUCUCAAAGCUGAAAUUUAAGAUGUAACGGAUCGGAUUUGCACGCUUUCAUGAUCUCUGAUACGCAUUUGUUGGGGAAAAGCAAGGGACACUGGUUCGAUAAGCUGAAAAGGUCUAUUAAAAAGUUGUUAGUGGAAAAAUGACUGUUUACAGAGAAUGGCAAAUGUAUCGGUCCUACCAGACGGCUGUCACUUUGCUCGACCCGGAUGCCGUCUUUUUCUUGGGUUUUAAAAGCCCUCAUGUAUCUAAAUAAUCUUUUUUCCAGGCGAUUUGAUGGAUGAGGGCCAAUGGACGGAUGAGAAACUGUUCCACGAGUAUUCAGAUCAUUUUCGGUCACUUUUUGGGUCGAACGGAAAACGACCUCAGGUUCGAUUUGAGCAAAAGUGCGGAAAACGGGUGCAAAAUGGCCCUAAAAGGGUUCCGUUUUAAGACCUUUUUUGAGCCUUACUUUCUUGGUGGACUAAAAAGCCCAAAGUGCGGGAAACGGGUGCGAAAUGGCCCCUGACAGGGUUCCUUUUUGAGGCCUUUUUUGAGCCUUUCUUUCUUUGUGGGCUAAAAAGCCGGAAGCGCGGGAAACGGGUGCAAAAUGGCUACUGAAUGGGUUCCUUUUUGAGACCUUUAUUGAGCCUUUCUUUUCUUGGAGGGCUAAAAGGCCGAAAGUGUGGGAAACGGAUGCUAAAUGGUCCCUAAAAGGGUUCCGUUUUAAGACCUUUUUUGAGCCUUACUUUCUUGGUGGACUAAAAAGCCCAAAGUGCGGGAAACGGGUGCGAAAUGGCCCCUGACAGGGUUCCUUUUUGAGGCCUUUUUUGAGCCUUUCUUUCUUUGUGGGCUAAAAAGCCGGAAGCGCGGGAAACGGGUGCAAAAUGGCUACUGAAUGGGUUCCUUUUUGAGACCUUUAUUGAGCCUUUCUUUUCUUGGAGGGCUAAAAGGCCGAAAGUGUGGGAAACGGAUGCUAAAUGGUCCCUAAAAGGGUUCCGUUUUGAGACCUUUAUUGAGCCUUUCUUUCUUGCGGGGAAAAAGCCUCAACACAGGGUGAAAAAAGGCUCGAAAAUGGGUCCAAAAAGGGUGCUGAAAGUAUCGACCAUUGAUAAUUUCCGAUUUUAUCACUGUAGCACAUCUUGGGUCAUACACAGUCACUGGUAAAGAUCAUUCUCAAUUUAAAAAAGUUUGUGUUCUUCAAAAGGGUCCAAAAAGGGGGAUGAAGGCCGAUGAAUGGUCGGAAAAAGGCAGUAAAAAGGAAACCGUUGAAUCUAUUACGGACGCUCAAAGGCCCCCUAAAGGGUCCUUCCGACUUUGCCUAUGUCAGUAACAGUACGAAUUUUCCAGAUCCACGCGCUGGCUGGCAAUCACGAUUUAGGAUUCCAUUACGCGUAAGUCAUCUGAAAAUUUCAAUCCAAAAACUUGAAAUUUUUCAGGAUAAAUCCCUCCAGAGUGGAUUGGUUCUCAAAGGAGUUCAACCGGAGCGUUGUCGACUUGGUGCGGAUCAAAGGUUCCUGCGGAAAUAUUGCAGGAGAAUAAAUAAAAAAUUCAAACAGGACAGCCAUUUGUAUUGAUAACGUCAAUGGCGCUCCAUGGCGACGGCUGUCGACUUUGCGGAGAAGCCGAGAAGAAAAUCGAGCAGUUAUCCCAGAAGUUCGACGACGCCUCGAGGGGUAAACCCAAGCGACGGCCUAUUAUUCUUCAGCAUUUUCCUCUUUUCAGGUAUUUUUCUAGUUUUGGCGCGUAUAGUUGCAGCCACAGCGUUUUUGUUAGUGGGAAAAUCUGCGAAACCAGAAAUGAAAGGGGUGGAGUCAAAACGUCAUGGAAAACAAGCGUAAACAACCAAGACUAUUAAAGGCGCAUGUUCAAUGGGUCUUGAGACGAAUCUCGUUUGAAUAACGCAAUUUUCUGUAGCCAUGUGUCAAAGUGAUAGCCGCCAAAGAGUGAAAAAUAUAACUUCUGGAAAUUAAGAGAUGAUUUUGAUUUUCGCGCAAACACGCCAGAGAGCGCCGCAGUGCAUGCACACGACACACUACACUUCACGGGAAAAAUUAGGCGAGCGUCGUAAAAGGAAAAGAGCCAAUGCAAAUUCAAAUGUAGAUGCUUCCAACUUUUCUGAGAAGAUCCUGAAUCAAAAGCUCAUUUCAACGGCUUUUUGCGCUUUCUCCAGCGAAAUUUACAGAAACAGCGACGCCGACUGCAUCCCAGAUGCUUCCGAAGAGAACGAAGACGACGAGGAAGUCUAUCGUGAGCUGUGGGAGGCUCUUUCCGAGGCGGCCACCCUCAAACUGUUGGCCCAACUCCGCCCCGCGGCUGUCUUUAAUGGUCAUACUCAUAAAGGGUGCAGGAAAAGGUAGAGUCUUCGUAUAAAUUGUAAAAAAAGCGCAAGAAUUUGAGAUGGUCCCAUCCGCACAGCUUCUGGGAGUACACAGUGAACUCGUUUUCGUGGCGGAACGGAGAUCGGCCUUCGUUUUUGAUGGCUGUCAUUUCGGAGAAUGAGGUGAUAAGCCGAAUUUGAACGACUUUGUCCAAAAAAGCAGAAAUUUCAACACUUGUAAACACUUUUUGAUGAAAUAAGCCUUUUUUAAAGUCAUUUUGAAGCUCGGUUUAGGUUUUAAUUCAACCUUAUCCAUUUAUUUUAGAAGCUGGGCCCUUUUGAAGCCUUUUUGGUCUGUCAAAGAAAAUUUUGGGCUUUUUCACUAGGCUAUUUUUCUGUUUAAACUUUGAGCCGCGUCUCUUUUUAGCUUUUUUUAACUCAUGUUUCAAAUUUUUCAGCUCAAAAGCGAAUUAUUUUUGAUUCUUGCAGCAAUUUUAAUCUCCCCCUCAUUUUUCAACGUUAACGUUCUCGUUCCCCAGGUCCGAGUCGAAGCCUGUAGAUUGCCGCGAGAAUCGACUCUCAUCUGGAUCUACGCCAUCUCCGGAGCAAUUUUAGUGACAUGGGCUGUUUUUAACAUUUUGAAACGUUUCAGAAGCAGUUCCGGAACCGUUUUAACCCAAAAAUUGCUUGUACAUAA